GCCAGGGAUCAGCUGCUAGAAUGCAUACGGUUUGCUCAUUUCCUAGUAGAUCAGGGCACGGAGUUCUCUGAGGUGCAAGAUCAUCUGCUAGAUGACUCGGUGCUAGAUGACUCGGUGCCCGCUGUCGUGCCAGAUGGCUCGGUGCCCGCUGUCGUGCCAGAUGGCUCGGUGCCCGCUGUCGUGCCAGAUGGCUCGGUGCCCGCUGUCGGGCUUGGUGACUCGGUGCCCGCUGUCAUGCCAGAUGACUCGGUGCCCGCUGUCAAGCUUGGUGACCCGGUGCCCGUGGUUAUGCCAGCUGACCCGGUGCCCACUGUCAUGUCAGAUGACUCGGUACCCGCUGUCGUGCCAGAUGACUCGGUGCCCGCUGUCGAGCUUGGUGACCCGGUGCCCGCUGUUCUGCCAGAUGACUCAGUGCCCGCUGUUGUGCCAGAUGACUCGGUGCCCGCUGUCGAGCCAGAUGACUCGGUGCCCGCUGUCGAGCUUGGUGACCCGGUGCCCGCUGUUCUGCCAGAUGACUCGGUGCCCGCUGUCGUGCCAGAUGACUUGGUGCCCGCUGUCGCGCCAGAUGACUUGGUGCCCGCUGUCAAGCCAGAUGACUUGGUGCCUGCUGUCGAGCCUGAUGCCUCGGUGCCCACUGUCUUGCCU